AUGGUAUACCGCGAGCGUCCGCCAUACCCCGGCACAGGAUUUCAAGACCAGCUUUUACGGCUUAUUUCGCGCUUCAUGUGUCGGUUUAAGACAUCAAACACGCUGCUCCGCGACUGGUGGGUACUUCCCUUGGGCCAAGGGGGACUGGGUUUGGCGCCCAUUCCAAACACGGUUCGGAGUUUUCAAGUGUUUAUGAUGUGCAAAAUGAUACUGAUAGGCAGAUUAACGCCUAAUGUCACUUCUUUGGCAGAUCCAUUCAUCCGACUAUUUGAUCAAGCUAUAUCAUCUUGGGGGGAACAUUUCGACAUUCUGUAUACACCCGUGACUACAAGUCCAGACUAUGCAAUUUCGCGCCGUUUAUGGAUCGGACUGGCAUUGGGCCUUACUGGCACAAUGUGCUUUCCACUUGGCACUCCCGCAUUCGGCGAAAGCUCACAGACUAUAGAUUAA